AUGUCCGAUUUCAAAUCAAGUUUCCAAUCUCAAUUUAAACAAUUCGAUCAACAAUUUGCCCAAAAUGCGUUUCUUGGAAAUUUAGAAUCUAAGACCAAGAUUCCAAGAUCAUAUUUGAUCUCUGCUUUUACAUUUGUUUACCUGUUGCUAACUUUCUUAAACAUUGGUGGGAUUGGCCAAAUUUUAUCAAACUUUGCUGGGUUCGUUUUACCUACCUACUUUUCAAUCCAAGCUAUUAAAACUACCACAAAGGACGAUGAUAUGAAAUUACUAUCUUACUGGAUUAUUUUCGGUUUUCUUAAUGUUAUUGAGUUUUGGUCGGGUGCCAUUAUUUACUUAAUUCCAUUUUACUGGUUCCUAAAGGUUAUAUUCUUAGUUUAUAUUGCCAUUCCAUCAACUGGUGGUGCUUUCAUGAUUUGGACCAAGGUUAUUGAACCAUUCUAUGACCAAUUCCUUGCAAGCAGAGCUAACAAGACAGCCAACAACCUAAAGCAAUCUAUGGAAAAUGCUAGUGCUUCAGUUGCUACAGGUAUCUCGAGACAUUAA